UUCUUCAACGACCAACAAGGCUACUUAUUCAACCAUUUCGAUAGCUUGCUUGUCAACAUAAAAGCGAAACGUUGAAGCUCUUUAGACCGUUCUUGUGUAUAUUAAUACGUGUUUUAAAGACAAUUAUGUGUACGUAUUAAGGUAAAAGUCAUUUGCUUGUAAAAUUUACCAAUUUGUCAAAAAAGGUAUACCAGCACCAGGCUAGUAGCAAAUGCUAACUAGCUAGCUAGCUAGCUAGCUAACAUCCCCGACCAUGAGUUCACUAAGCUACUCCCCCCCUGCUACAGAACAGAAGCUCUGCUGGAUGGAGAAAGAAGCUCUGGGUCUGAACAUUGUCGUAAAAGAAGAGGAGGAUAUUACAGUGAAAGAAGAGGAAGAAGCUUUCAGAGUGAAAACGGAAGAAGAGGAGGCUAUCACAUUGAAAGAAGAAAAUUAUGUUACAGUGAAAGAAGAGAAAGAACCUUUUGGAGUGGAAGAGGGCAUAGAGGCUGUCACAGUGGAAGAAGAUUUCAGAAUAAAAGAGGAGGAAGAGGAUGUAACAGUCCAAGAAGUGAACGAGCCUUUUGGGGUGAAAAAGGAAGAGGGCGUAGAGGCUGUCACAAUGGAAGAGGAGGUGGUAGACGCUUUCAGAAUUAAAAAGGAGGAAGAGGAGGCUAUCACAUUGAAAGAAGAAGAGGAUGUUGAAGAGAAAGAACCUUUUGGAGCGGAAGAGGAGGCUAUCACAUUAAAUGAAAAUGAGGAUGUUAUAAUGGAAGAACCUUUUGGAGUGGAAGAGGAAGCGAUCUCAAAAGAGAAAGACAUUUUGGGAGUAAAAGAAGACGGAGAUGAGGAGGAGGAGCCUGAAGAUCCGAUUAACACCAGAGAGAGACCAGACUCUUACUCUGACAGCGGGAGUACUUCAGGGGAACCAGACCCAGAGAUGCCCAAAACAGUGAAACCACACCACUGCUCCCAGUGUGGAAAUAGAUUUUUCUCAUCAAGUGACCUCAAAAAGCAUAAGAGAACACACUCUGCAGAGAGGCCUUUCCAAUGCUCUGUGUGGAAAGAGAUUUAUCCAGUCAUCACAUUUGAAAGAGCAUAAGAGAAUACACACAGGAGAGAAGCCUUUCCAAUGCUCCCAGUGUGGAAAUAGUUUUACCCGGUUAAGGGACCUGAAUAGGCAUAAAGGAAUACACACAGAAGAGAAGCCUUACCACUGUUCUCAUUGUGGACAGAGUUUUAGGUGGUUAGUGACCCUGAAAACACAUGAGAGGACACAUACAGGAGAGAAGCCUUUUCAAUGCUCUCAGUGUGGGAAUGCUUUUACACGGUUAGAGAAGCUGAAAGAACAUAAGAGAAUUCACACAGGAGAAAAGCCCUUCCAAUGCUUGCAGUGUGAAAAGAGAUUCAUCCAGUCAUGGCAUCUCAAAGAGCAUGAGAGGACACACACAGGGGAGAAGCCUUUCCAAUGCUUCCAUUGUGGAAAGAGUUUUACCCGGUUAAGGUACCUGAAUAAGCAUAAAGGAAUACACACAGGAGCGAAGCCUUAUCACUGUUCUCAUUGUGGACAGGGUUUUAGGUGGUUAGUAAGCCUUAAAACACAUGAAAGAAUACACACAGGAGAGAAAUCUUUCAAUUGCUCUCAAUGUGGAAUUACUUUUACCUUGUUAGGGAGCCUGAAAUCACACCAGAGGACACAUGAUAAAAGCCAUACCACUGCUCUCAUUGUGGAAAGAGGACAUGAAAUCACAUGAUUGAAUAUAGAGGCUGGGGCCAUAUUUGCGAACAUAACCAUUUAACUUUAAAUGCUUGCUUUUCACACACAAAAUGCAUAUCAGCCAAUGAAAAGUGUUGAUUUACUUACAUGUGACUGACCGCUAAUUUGUAGCUGCUUCCAUCAGAUAACAUCAACCCUAUGCUAACAUCCCCAGGUGGCAGUGAUUACAUCCUGGCACAACUUCUGCCUCAGCCUAUCAAAUAUCUUAGAUAUUCUAUACACCAACCAAUGUUAUUUCUAAAAAUAGGUUAACCCUGGCUAUGUGUUUUUAUGGGAAAAAGAUAAAUCAGGUCCUUACAAAAAAGUUUAUCAUCGUUAAAAAAAAAAAGACUUAUGGAUUUAUCAAAUAGUGUAGAAGUCAUGUAGUCUGUCGCCAGUGGUGGAAAAAGUACCCAAGGUAAAAGUAAAGAUACCUUUCUUAGGUUCUAAUUUUCAGAGUUAAAACUCAAAGGACAAUAUGAAAGCUUAAACCAAGUUUAUUCUUCCCAGAGGGUCAGUACAGCUGCAUCAGACAAAUACGUUGUUCACACAAGCACUGAUAUUGAACCCUUUCUCCUAGGCUGAGUCUCCUCCUACACGUCUGAACAAACAGUUUCCUGCCUAGCAGUAAAGAGACUAAGUGAUACGGGCCAUAAACUUUUCUUUCUCCCUUAACGUGACCUGACCUCGACCUGACCCCCCCCCCCCAUCACAAAUCAAUGACUCUCUCCCCUUAUCAAUGCCUGCCACAUGUGAUUGCUUUCCCUGCACUCAGCACAUUCCAAGUUUAAUUGCACACACUAUAUACCUUCCUCCUACAGAUAACCAUUCAAUUCUGGCGUAGACCCUCUGAACCUAAGCACUCAAUAUUUCAAUAGGAUACCUGAUAAUUAACCCUGUCCCAAGUUUAGGAGUUAGUACCUAGAAUCCAUCACCAUAAUAGAAAAUGACUCAAGUGAAAGUCACCCAGUAAAAUACUACUUGAGUAAAAGUCUAAAGUAUUUGGUUUUAAAUAUACUUAUGUAUAAAUAUUUUCAAAUUCCUUAUAUUUAAGCAAACCAGAAGACACCAUUUUCUUGUUUUUUAAAAUUUACGGAUAGCCAGGGGCACAUUCCAACACUCAUAUUUACAAAUGACGCAUUUGUGUUUAGAGAGACAGAUUAGAGGCAGUAGGGAUGACCAGGGAUGAUCUCCUCAUUAGUGCGUGAAUUUGACAAUUCUCCUGUCCUGCUAAGCAUUCAAAAUGUUCCUAGUACUUUACGGUGUCAGGGAAAUGCAUUAUUUUCUGUAGGAAUGUAGUGAAGUAAAAGUUGCCAAAAAUAUUAAUAGUAAAAUAACAUACGGAUACCCCAAAAAACGACUUAAGUAAAAUACUUUAAAGUAUUUUUACUUAAGUACUUUACACCACUGGCUAUCGCUAUCAUCAUCACAUCUAGGUGGCACACACUGCUAAAGCUUUUUAACUGUGGGUUCGAGUCCACCUCGCAUCAAGCUUUUUAACCGUGGGUUCAAGUCCACCUCGCAUCAAGCUUUUUAACCGUGGGUUCAAGUCCACCUCGCAUCAAGCUUUUUAACCGUGGGUUCAAGUCCACCUCGCAUCAAGCUUUUUAACCGUGGGUUCAAGUCCACCUCGCAUCAAGCUUUUUAACCGUGGGUUCAAGUCCACCUCGCAUCAAGCUUUUUAACCGUGGGUUCGAGUCCACCUCGCAUCAAGCUUUUUAACCGUGGGUUCAAGUCCACCUCGCAUCAAGCUUUUUAACCGUGGGUUUGAGUCCACCUCGCAUCAAGCUUUUUAACCGUGGGUUCAAGUCCACCUCGCAUCAAGCUUUUUAACCGUGGGUUUGAGUCCACCUCGCAUCAAGCUUUUUAACCGUGGGUUCAAGUCCACCUCGCAUCAAGCUUUUUAACCGUGGGUUUGAGUCCACCUCGCAUCAAGCUUUUUAACCGUGGGUUAUUGAGGAACAAACUGUUCAACGUCGGUCCUUGAUGCUCGACCCAAAACGAGUGUGACGAAGUGGAUUAUUCUAAUAAUGCAUAAACUAUAAAAUAUUGUAGGCCUGCAUCUAAGUGUAGCCUACAUAAGAAUAUACUGUGGCAGACCAGGUUUGUGUGUAUAUAUUGUGGCAGACCAGGUUUGUGUGUAUAUAUUGUGGCAGACCAGGUUUGUGUGUAUAUAUUGUGGCAGACCAGGUUUGUGUCU